AUGGGGGACUUUGAUAGCAGAGUGGGGGCACCAGCACACGCAUAUGAAGACUACUACAAGGCAUAUAGCAUGGCCAUGCUUCCUGGCAAGGAGAGAUUAAAUGUCAGCUACGGAGGAAAGAUCAUCAUGCCCACCUCGGCACUGGCAAGGCUAACUCAAAUGGACAUUGCAUCGCCAUACCUAUUCGAGCUCAAGACACACAACAGUGACAAGAAGACUCAUGCUGGUGUCAUCGAGUUCAUUGCUGAGCCAGGGAAUGUCCACCUGCCAGCUUGGAUGAUGCGGCAGCUGGAUCUGAACGAAGGAGAUCCUAUCCGUCUCACCGGUACAACACUGCCAAAGGGCAAAUUCGUCAAGAUUCAACCUCAGACAGUCGACUUCCUAGAGAUUAGCGACCCCAAGGCAGUCCUCGAGCAGGCCUUCCGGAACUUCUCAUGCCUGACCAAAGGCGACAUCGUCGAGAUUAGCUACAACUGUCUCACUUUCGAAAUUCUCAUCAUGGAGACAGUGCCCGACGCAGAAAGCAUACUUAUCAUCGACACAGAUUUGGAGGUUGACUUUGCACCUCCCAAAGGCUAUGUGGAACCAGUCGCAAAGCCACGACCGCCUCCCCCGACCAUGGCCUCGAAGCUGAAAAUUGACAACCAGAAGAUCGAGUCCAUUUCCGCCUCGGGCACAUCCACACCCUCCACCAGCGGCAACGCAGAGCGAGCCGAUGCAAGCGGCAGCGGCACCUCGCUCGGCGGGCUUGGCGGCGCCUUUAAGGGUCAAGGACAGUCCCUUUCGGGCAAGAAGUCCAAGGGCAAAAAGGACAAGCCCGUGGAAGCCCUCGACCCUUUUAGCAUGAUCCGUCGCACCGACCUCCCCCGCGUUAUGACCAACGACACGCAAAUCGGCGAUCGCAAAGUCCCUGCUGCGCUGAACCUGCCCUUUGGUCAACUCUACUUUGGGUACGAGUACGUACCUCUUGGCGCUGCGGCUGCCAAGGAGGAAGAGGAGAGACAGAAGACGGGACAGCAGAGGAUCGUCUUUUCUGGUGCGGGACAGACGUUGAGUGGGCGAGCACCACGGAGGAGAAGAGCCGAGGAGCCAUCAGCGGCAGCAGCAGUGGCAGGUGCGUCUGGUCAGGCCAACGCAGGUGCAGCAGACGAAGGCACUGCAGGCGCAGGGGCGGCCGCUAGUCCGGAGCCAUUUGGCGGCACAGGUCAGACAUUGGGUGGAGGCGGUGCGACGACGAGGACGGGGCAGAGGAGUAGCCGUAAGCGGGAGAGGGGCACGGCUAGUGGACUGGGCAAGAGUAGGAAAGAGGCCAUUGUUCUGGACGACGACGAUGAUUGA